AUGUCUUCCGCGAUUAAACAAGCUCCGAUCUCCUGUCCUGGGCACACGCGGCCCGUUGUGGAUAUUUACUUUAGCGUGGAAACGGACUACUGUAAGGCAAUUCUGCGUCGCGGUGACACAGGCGAUUGGAUCGGGACGUUUCUGGGCCACGAAGGCGCCGUUUGGUCUUGUGUUCUUGACGCACAUGCUACCAAAGCUGCCACUGGUGCUGCCGAUUUUACGGCCAAACUUUGGGACACCGUAUCCGGUCAACAGCUACUAUCCAUAACGGAAGAACACGUUGUUCGUUGCACAGAUCUGAGUAAAACUGACUCUGGCGCCUUCUUGGCUACUGCCAAUAAUGCGAAAAAGAUUUCCGUUUACGAUUUGAUAGCACCCACAAAACCUCUCAUUCAACUGCAAGCGCAUGAUGAAUUUCUCCGACGAACUCUUUGGUGUGAUGGAGACCGUCAUUUACUCACGGCAUCGGAAGACGCAACAAUCAAGUUGUGGGAUUUGAAGGACCGGAAGAAAAAUCCAGUGAUCAACGCCCCUUGCUGGUCAAGGUCUUGUGGCCUUGCAGUCAAGGAUUUUCAGUUUCACCAUCCAAAUGACGAACAUACCGGUGAGACUUUGGCAUCUGUAGCGGCCGGCGCUGCCGUUCAUUUGUACCUGUAUGACUGGAGAAAUACAUCCGCGAGCCCAGAUCCAGUAGCGUCGUUUAACUUACCGUGUAACGUGAACUCAGUCAGUAUCCAUCCGACUGACAACACACUCGUGUGUGGUGGUGAGGACCACUACAUAUACCGCCUCGAUCGAACCACAGGGGAAAUCCUUGAAACGUGCAAAGGGCACUUUGGGCCAGUUCACUGUGUGCGUUUCUCACCGGAUGGUCACGUAUUCACUAGUGGUAGUGAGGAUGGUACUGUGCGUCUGUGGCAAACCGAACCGGGACGGAAAUAUGGACUGUGGGACCUUAGUGUGCCAGCGGGAAACAUGGAGCGGUCGUCGGGCUGCGUUACCGAUGAAGGCGGCACACCUGUAUCGUGUCCAUCCUAAUAUGCUGUUUCGAAACUGUCGUCUGUGGACAUCGCAUUUUGGCUGUUCGAUUCAGACUUUGUUGACUGGGUGAAAUGAGAUUUUUGAUGUUCACUUGUUCUGAGAUUCAAUUAUUCAUAAUCUUUGGUUGUCUUCCCGACCAAAUGUGUUUUGCCUGAUCUCUGAGAUCACAGUUCUCAUUCCAUUUGACUCGUUCGUUUGGAAAGUGAUAUUCAUUGCCUGUUUACUCUUAUAGCUGGGCAGGUCCGCAUGUUGGACCUUUUAUUGGUAUUGUUUCUAUUACUUGUGAGCAGAUAAGGAAUUCGUUAGUCUGGCAAAUCUUCCCGUUUCUUUUACUACCCACAAUCCUUCCGGUUACAUCAUCCCUGUGUUCGAGUCAUCAGCAAUGCAUAUGUUGCUUCACAACCGAUGCAGUCAAAACGUCACACAUGAACCUAAG